CAGGCCCUCUGGUGAGGAGAGCGUUGCAAAGCAGCUGCUGCUGUUAGAGCUCUCCUGCCAGCUCCACUCCUCUCAAUGCCAUUCCUACCUCCAGGAUUUUUCCCUGACUCACAGCAUCACCAUCCAAAAGUCUCCCUGGAGGAAGGGGAUAAAACCCCUGCUGGAAGGAGCUUUUCUAGGUCCAUGCAUGACCGGCAGCAAAUUGGAAGAGGUGAGCAGCCGGCAGAAGAUGUGAGAGCUGGAAGGGCCGUGCCGUGGGAGUGGUCCUCGCUUUGUGUGCGAGCGAGGCAGUGAGUGCAGCCUCCCACUCCGGGCGCAUCUUUUUUUGGAUGCUGUGCGGUUCCCUGUGUGAAAUGCUUUUUUGGUUAAAAGAAGAAGAGAUGUCACAUCAGGAGCUCACCCAGCGACUGACUACAGUUAUCACCCAUGUGGAUGAAAUCAUGCAGCAGGAGAUACGACCGCUGGUUGCAGUGGACAUAAUAGAGCAGCUCCACAGGCAAUUUGCUAUCUUAUCAGGAGGAAGAGGGAAGGAUGGGGCACCCAUUAUAACCUUUCCAGAAUUUUCAGGAUUCAGUGACAUACCUGAUGAAGAUUUUCUGAAUGUGGUCACAUAUCUAACCAGCAUUCCCAGUCUGGAGGCUGCCAGCAUCGGGUUCAUCAUCAUCAUAGACAGACGACGGGACAAAUGGAGUGCAGUCAAGGCAUCCCUGACACGGAUAGCAGGAGCAUUUCCUGGAAACCUGCAGCUGGUGUUUGUCCUGCGACCUUCCCGCUUCAUCCAAAGGGCAAUCGCUGACAUUGGCAUUAAACUCUAUCGAGAUGACUUUAAAAUGAAGGUACCGAUCAUCAUGUUAAAUUCUGUCUCUGAUCUGCAUGGCUAUAUUGACAAAAGUCAGCUGACCCGGGAGCUGGGAGGAACGUUGGAGUACGGCCACAGUCAGUGGAUACAUCACCGAACUGCUAUUGAAAACUUUGCAAUGACAGUAAAAACAACAGCACAGAUGCUACAGACCUUUGGAACAGACCUAGCAGAGACUGAACUUCCCAACGAUGUGCAGUGCACAGAGGACCUCCUCUCUGCACACACAGACCACCAUAGCAAGCUGAAGGAUGAGCUGAAACUAGCUGUGAAGCAGGGAGCCACCCUACUGACGUGCAUUAGGGAGCCAGUCACUCGAAGUGCCAACAGCAAGCUCAGUCCAGACGAGCUGGAAAACGUGGCAACAGUAGAAAGGUUAUUGGCUCAGUUGGAUGAAACAGAAAAAGCAUUUGAUCAAUUUUGGACCAAGCAUCACCUAAAACUAGAACAAUGCCUGCAGCUUCGACACUUUGAACAUGAUUUUAGAGAGGUAAAACUGGCAUUAGAUAAUCUCAUGGAAGCACAAGCAGCUUUUGCUGACAUUGGAGACAGUGUGACUCGAGUGGAGCAGCUCCUGAGGGAACAGAAACAACUGGAAGAAAAAGGACAGGAGCCUUUGGACAAGGCCCAGUCUCUAGCUCUCCAUGGAGAACAGCUCAUCCAAAACAAUCAUUAUGCAGUUGACUCCAUUAGACCAAAGUGUGUUGAACUCAGGCGUAUUUGUGAUGACUUUACCAAUGAGACCAAGAAGAAGUAUGAUGUUUUGGGCAAGUCUCUUGAGCUGCAUAAGCAGUUAGAUAAGGCAAGCCAAUGGUGUGAAGCUGGAAUCUACCUCUUAGCUUCCCAAGCUGUGGACAAGUGCCAGUCACAAGAGGGAGCUGAAACUGCACUCGUUGAAAUUGAGAAGUUCCUGGUAACGGCUAAGGAAUACCAGCUCUCUAACCUGAAGGAGUUCUACAACCAGUUUGACAUGAUCCUCACCCCUGAAAUAAAGGCCAAUGCCCAAAGAAUCCUACAAAAACUGGAAGAUGUACAAGAAAUGUUUGACAAGAGACAAGUAAGCCUGAAGAAGCUGGCAGCCAAGCAGACCCGGCCAGUACAACCUGUUGCCCCACAUCCUGAAUCUUCCCCAAAGCGAGCAUCACCAAAGACUACCAGACCAGCAGGAGUAGCUACCAACAGGAGAUCCACAGAAAUGUCCUGUCCUCCAAAGACCAUUUCUGAAGUAGAGUUAUCAAAAAAGAAAAACAUUAAGAAGACUAAGGGUGGAAUUAAGAUUGAAGUCAUGCAUGAAGCUAGUCAAGGAGGAUCUAGCAGAGUCCUGGUAAUGAGUGAAAGUGAUGAGAAUUUGUCAACAAGGAGGAGCCACAUAAUCAAUGAGCUGAUAGAAACAGAACGGGUUUAUGUAGAAGAGCUUCAAAGUAUAAUAGAGGGCUAUGCUUCAGAAAUGGACAAUCCCAGUUUAGUACAUCUGAUUCCAUCUGCACUCCAGAACAAGAAGGAAAUUCUUUUUGGGAACCUCCCUGAAAUCUACGAAUUCCACAACAGGAUUUUCCUUAAGGAGGUAGAACAUUGCAUUGAAAACCCAGACCUCCUUGCACGAUGCUUUUUGAAAAGAAAAGAGGACCUCCAAAUAUAUGAAAAAUACUGUCAGAACAAGCCAAGGUCAGAAGCUCUCUGGAGACAGUGUGGAGACAGCAUCUUUUUUCAGGAAUGUCAGCGUAAACUGGAUCACAAGCUCUCACUAGAUGCAUAUCUCUUAAAGCCGGUCCAGAGAAUCACCAAGUAUCAGCUGCUGUUAAAGGAAAUGCUGAAAUGCAGCAAGAAUUCAGAGGGUACUGCUGAACUGGAAGAAGCUCUGGCUACAGUGCUUGAUAUUAUUAAAUCAGUAAAUGACUCCAUGCACCAGAUAGCAAUCACAGGAUAUGAGGGGGAUGUCAGUGAGCUUGGAAAGCUGUUGAUGCAAGGUUCCUUCAAUGUAUGGACUGACCACAAGAAGGGGCACAACAAGGUGAAGGACUUGGCUAGAUUCAAACCAAUGCAGAGACACCUCUUCCUCUACACAAAGAUGCUACUUUUCUGCAAGAAACGGGAGGAAAACACUGAUGGCCACGAGAAGACAGCUUCUUACAGCUUCAAAAAUUCCUUAAAGAUGAGCACUGUGGGCAUUACAGAAAAUGUAAAAGGGGAUAACAAGAAGUUUGAGAUCUGGUAUAAUGGCAGAGAAGAGGUCUAUAUCAUUCAGGCAUCUUCUGUUGAGCUGAAAAACACCUGGAUUUCAGAGAUCCGCAAAGUCUUGACAGGACAACUGGAAGCAUGCAGAGAAGCAAGUCAACUGCACCAAAGAAUCACUGAGAGUGUAUACCAUGCGCCAAUGGAGUCCUCCAAUGCAAGCAGGUAUAGCAGGAAGUCAUCAAAUAUAUAUGAAAACAAGUCUGAGACAUCAAACGUGGAAGCAUCUAACAAUAAAAACAGGAAUUCCAGUCCCAGCGCCAGGCAAAAGAGAGUUGAUGCUUCCACCAGCCUUAACCUUGAGCGCACAGCGCUUGCUAGAAAGCGAUUCACAUUGCAAGGUCUUUCCAACCGCAGAGCUCCACCCAAAGAUCCAGAAUCUAAGGACAGAGAAGUUACCCGCCGCUUUUCCCUAGCCUCCUCCAUCAGCACCACAGUUAAUGCUUCUGCUGUGACCAAAGGUCCCCUUGUUCCUGCUGUUAAAGUCAAGAGACAUGAAAUAAAGAGUGAUCCAACUCCCCUGGGGUUUGAAGAUGCUUUUGAGAACACCAUAUUGGCCCAGACUAAAUGUAAUACCAGUUCCACCACAAGACCUGUACCUAGAUCUGCUUCACAGACAGGUUGGCCCAGCAGGCAGAUGCCAUCUCUAGACACAUUUGAAGACUUUGAAGCCAUCCCCUCCAGCACAGAUGAACUCUCCAACUCUUCUGACUUGGAGGAAGAGACCAACCCUAACAAUGGGACCAGUCUUUUUCGGGUAGAAGGCAGCUUUGACAGCUGUUUCCCAGACUCUUUUACACUCGAGGAUGGAGACUUAGUGCAGUUUGUGCAGGAAGGAGAGAAUGGUCAAUGGUUAGUGAAGAAACUGGUCUCUGAGAAAAGUGACUGGGUCCCUUCCAGCAUAUUGCAGCCAGCAAAGGGGGACAGUAACAACAUAAUUAAGAACAACAGUACAGACACGUACAACGAUUCCUGCAGUACAGCCUCAGUAGAGUCAGACACCAAGGAGAGUGAGGUGGCCAAAAGCUUCCCAGCAGAACAGAAGGCUGGCAGAUGAAUAGCAGGACCAGCCUUCCUCAAGACCUCAUCCAUCUCUGUUUAUUUUAGGUGGACACUAGAUUGAAGUUGCCUUUUUCACAAGCUCUGAGGUUCAUAAUUCACUAAAACUUUGUCAGCACAAACAGAUGAGAACUGUGCUGUCCACCUGGCAAGCUGAGAAAAACAAACUUGAAAGAAGCAUCAAAACGUUCACAAAGCAUCAAAAUCCACCUUCAGUAUUAGAGGAGGAAAGUACUUCUCCUAUUGAUUAUCAAACUGUUUCAGAAGACGUGGCCUAAAUUAGGUCGACAGCAGAGCUGGAGUUACUAUGCACGCACCUUUCGACAACUUUGCUUGAACACUGAGUUACUGCAGAGGGACACAUGCAUGGUUAUGAGUUCUUGCUCUACCAUGGGUUCACCUGGAGGUGUUUUCCAUUUGCUUGCCUCUGGCUGUGCCUUCCCCACCCUCCUUAAUUCCAGCUGAUGCAUCACAAAUGUGCCCUUUUUGCUGACGGUCAACACCAAAAACAUCUCCUUUUAGGGUGGCUGUGGAAAAGAAACUUCUGACGUGGACCAUCAGAGAGGUUUCACACAGCAGUGAUCUGACUGUUUUUGCCAUGGUGCAGUGAACGACCUGCUGCAUACAGGAGUGAUGCAGGUGGCAACUCCUAGUUACGAGAUGGAGGUGCAGGGCUGAGCAGGGAAGCAAGGACGUGUGACAGCUACUGUGACAAAGAACAUUUUGAACCCUUUUUACAAUAGAAGUAAUUCCCCUGCCCCUCUGCAGUCCGUGGUUGCUGGAUCACAGUCCUUUGCAUUUGGUGCCAUUUAAUGUCACUUGUUGGAGUAGAUUGCAUGCUUUCUUUGUGUGCUAGGCUAUGGAGUAGAUACCUUUCAUCCCCCGUUUGGAAUACACAUUGCAAAUAGGCAGUGAGCAUUAGAUGCUCCAGUGAGUGGAUAAAGUGCUGUUGUUAAAUACUUCUCCAGGACUUUUGAUUAAAGGACUGUACCAAAUCUUUGCCACAUAAGGAUGUAACGUUUAAUAUAGGUGAUUACAGGUGCUGUUAUUGCUACACAAGCCAUUAGCUCGUUUAGAGCAGCUGGUAAGGCAUGAAGGCAUUUUGAUGGUAAUUGGGUCUCAGGUCCCAUAAAAGCUGCUAAUACUUUAGUAGAGAUAAGUAUUGACUAAGGGUUGCAGACAAGCAAUCAUCAGCCUGGUGAAAAGUGACCCUGGAAGCCCAAGAGUGAGUGACAAGCUUUCACUAUUAGGGAUUCUUUGGUUUAACCCUUGAGACUAGUGGUGCUCCCUGUAAAUAACAAAGGGCAUGUAAGCACUGAAAAUGGAGAUGAAGCAAACCCCAAACCCACUCUUUAGUAAUUGAGCCUCGGAGCAAAAUAGUAGGAGUCUGUAUCAUAUCUGCUGUCCUCUUUGCAGGGACUUGAAUGUUUUUGUGUCUCAGUGGAGGCUGGCAUUGUAAGCAAAUUAGUGUGUGAGUCAGGAUAGCUUGAAGCAGGUGGAUAGUCCCGUUCAGGAAAAAGCCUUGGAGGAGAUAAAGGCUUAUUCAGGUUUUGGUUGCCUUUGAAGGCUUAUUAGUUAAUUUUGAGUUGCACUGUGGUGUCAAGGCUCUUCUAACCCUCAAUAUCUAAACUCUCUGUGAAUAAUUUCCAUCUUUGAUUGAAGGACCUGAUUGUUCUGUACCUUUUUGGAAGAUAAUGUGGUCCGACAGAGGUAAGAGCUCGUCUGGUUUAUGCUGGUCAUUUACCUUCAAAAUGGCACGGAGGCUUUUAGGAGCAUGAAUCCUGUUAGGCUGCUGUAAUUGUGAGCAUCCUGAGGGAAGACCUGGUUCCUUGCAGUCCCCUAAGGAAAUAUGCAGUGACAUUUUCCUGUAGUGCAAUUAUUUUAUCCUGUCCUGAAGAUGUUUUCAUUUUUAUUUCUUUGUUAGCUUUGGAAAAGGGUAGGAAGCUUUGAUUGCACAUUAAUGAAUAGAGUAAGCUCUGCGUGUGUGUGUCUGAGAGAGAGAUGGGGAAGGGUUACCCCAGGCAUACAGGACUGCCAAAACUAGGAGUUGUGACAUUGCAGACAGAUGGAAAGAUGCAAACCUUCACUUUGGAGUUUCUCUGGAGGAAUCUCAUUCACUCUGAUGGUGAAAUGGAUGUUUUAACUGAAGAAGGCAAAAUCAGGUAUUUUCAUUUCAGUCUGUUUCCUACCUCUGCUGUGUGCAGGGUGGCUGUGUGCUAGUCCUAUAUUCCCUGCUGCCUCUGCAUCUUCCUGUAAAAUAGGAGCUGCUGAAUUUCUCAUGUCAGGGACCCUCCAGAGGAGAGCAAAGCAUCCAACCCCGUAUGUCCUGCUGUGCCUUCCAUGAGUGUCAGUGGUGGCAUCCUGUGGGAUAGUCUAGAGCUGGAGCAGGAAAGAGGAUUGCUGCAGAAGUGUCUCCUCUCUCCCAGUUCACCAUCUUGUCAUGACAACUUCAAAGGUAUGGGCUGGAUGCUAACAAUUCACCUUUCUGCUUUGCUUUUGAAAACAAUCUGUUGUUUAUUUUGGGGUGCAAAAUUUCCUCUUUUAUUCUGUUGGACCAAAGUUUAAGUUACUCUUGCAUCCUGUAUCUCGAGGAUGUAAGUCACUGCAGCAGUGGUGCAGCACUCUGGUCUCAGUGGUCUCUGGGAGCUGCUCAUAUCACAGCUAUCCUCAGACACUACUGAACCUAAGCAGGGAGCCCAUAACCAUUGUCUUCAACCUUCCCGCAGUGCUGGUGAGCCAAAGGCAGCUGCCUGCUUCUGUCUCCACAACCCAAACUCAGACUGUACUGCAACCACUGCAGCUGCUGCUGGUGAGUAACUGGGGCCCUUUCACAGAUCCACAGCAUGGUAGGGGUUGGAAGGGACCUCUGAAAUCAUCUAGUCCAACCCCCCUGAUAGAAUAAAGCAAGUUCACCUACAGCAGGUUGCAGAGGACUGCAUCCAGGCAGGUUGUGACUGGAGACACCCCAACCUCUCUGGGCAGCCUGUUCAGUGCUUUGCUUGGUUGAUGCCUGUGGUGCAAAUGUCAAUCAGACAGUGCCACACUGCUGGAUUUGAAUGAAGUUCAAUGACUUAACAGGCUGCUGACAAGAGAAACUGACAAGAAGUAACCUUCUGUCUUUGCUGACAAUACAAACUUGAGUUUAAUGACUUUUUAUUUUAGUAGUAGACAGGAUAGUCUUUUAAUUAGUGUACUUCUGUCAAAGAAAGUGAUAAUUAAGGGAAUGACUCUCCAUAUACAGUCUAGGAUCGGAUUCAGUAAUGUUCAGCAGGACUAGUGUGUAUGUUAAGGUAAACUUAUUCUGUAGGUAGGUCUUUGACACCAUCAUUUUCAGGUAGAUGGACCUAAAAAUCAUUGGUUUCAAAUAUGGAUUUAAUUUCAGUGUUGUUUGGAGAUGAAGUAGUGACCAGAAAGUAAUUUAAAAGUAAUGGUUGCUGUUAAGUUUCAGUCGUAGAAGAGAAAGGUCCAAGGUAAAUAAAUCUAAGCUGUAGCAGCACUCAUGGAUGAACAUUGUGCCCUUGCUGCUUGACCAGCAAAUCCAUGCCAGGUGCCUGGCAGUGCUCUCGGGGUCCAGACUGGUGAGACCAACCCUCCAGAGGGAUGUUUUGACUCGUGUCUCCUCCCUCUGCUCUGCUGCCACCCCUCUGUGAAACUUGCAGUAACUUCACAUCCUCAGAGCUCUGCCCUCUGCUCAGUUGCAUGUAGCUGGGUGACAGACUCUUUCCUUACUGGCACCAAUGACAAACAGACAGGCAGCUGCCAGGAUAUGUAAUACUUGCCAGGCUAAAAUGUAAUCUGGCCUGGUCCUCUCUUUCUCUCAUGUCUAACCCCACUGGGUGGAGAAUCAGACCAGUGGUCAUUGUCUUGAUCCCAAAUGGCUGCAGCCAAACUGUGUCUGAACACUGGCUUUUCUUGCCAGUGACAACAAAGCUCUGUGUGUGUGUGUGUCUUAUAUUCUGGUUGUGUAUGUGAUGAAAAGCCAUUUUAUUAUCCACAAUUUUCUCAGACUCUUGAGAUUUCAAACAGGAAUGGACAGGAGAAGCCAGGGGCUUCCUUUCCAGAAAUACUCAAAGCCUGACUUCAAAUAUAUGAUAUAUAUGAUUAGAAAUAUAUAAGGAGAAGAAAAAAAGAGCCAAAUUGUUUAUUUCUUCUUGCAGCUGGAGCUGAAAUAGCUGCUAACAUUUCCUCCCCUCCACCCCCCAGCUGAGAAUUGGUACAGUUUGUUUUUCUUACAUAUUUUCCAUGGUGUUGAUAAUGAUGUAUUUGUAUAUUGUGACUGAUGAGAGAUAAUCAGACAGGGGAAGAGCACAAGAAUUACCUGUGCUUCUUUUCCAGUCCAGACAGAAUGUAUGAAUUUAUUACAAGAGGAAAAAUGAACUUCCUGUAAUUAGGCCAUUCUGACCUGUGUAGAACCACACUUUGUCUGAGAUUUAUAAAGAUGAUAACUAGUACAAAA